AUGGCGGCGGCGGGCGGGGGGGGCGCGGUGGUGUCGGUGCUGGCCCCCAGCGGGCGGCGGGUCACGGUGCGGGUGGGGCCCGGCACGGUGCUGCUCCAGAUCCUCGAGGAGGUCUGCAGGAAGCAGGGCGGCAGCCCCGGCGAGUACGGCCUGAAGUUUCAGAGGAGCGUGCUGGAUCUCUCUUUACAGUGGAGAUUUGCCAGACUGCCCAACAAUGCCAAGCUGGAGAUGGUGCCAGUCACCAAUAGAGUGGGAACUGGAAACACGGUUCGGAUUGCAUUACAAUUAGAUGAUGGCUCUCGUUUACAAGACACCUUUCUCUGUCAGCAGACUUUGUGGGAACUUCUGAACCAUUUUGCAAAGAUAAGGGAGUUUAUGGAACAGCAUGGUGAAUUCUCUCCAGUCUGUAUUUACAUGCGAGAUGAGAUAUCAGGAAAAGAUGCCCUAGAGAAGACAACACUCAAGUCACUUGGCCUGACUGGAGGCAGUGCCAUCAUCAGAGUUGUCAUGAAGAAAUGCAGUUCAUCUGUUCGGGAGGAAGCUGUGGGUGCCACGGUGCAGUGUAAUGAGCUGACAGUGAGGCCAGGCUCUAUUGAAGGAGCAGUGGAUGUGCCCCUACCUCAAGCAAACACAUUCCUAGAGGACUUGGACCACGGGGAUGUGGCCAUGUCUUUAAACAGCUGCACAGACAAGCAAGACUCGAUUAGAGAAUCUCAUGCCAGCUUGGAGGAGCUGUGGCCUUCCUCAGAGCCCAGGUCUACCCCAUUUGUCCCUUUUUUUGGAGAUGGACAGCGUCUGGGGGACUCUUCUGUAGCUGCACCAUCUCUUGGGUUAGAUAUGCAAUCUUCAAAGCUGCCAACAACUUUUUCAAGCCCUGGAGGUCCUUCUAAGCCAAAGAAGUCUAAGAACAGCCAAGAACUGCAAAAGGAACAAGAACAGCUUGUAGAACGAGAGCCACUGGUAUGUCACCUAGACCUACUAGAACCACUUCCUGCUGGCCCAGAGGAGCUUCCUGAUGCGUUUUUUGAAGUCACAGUGGAUGAUGUACGGAAACGUUUGGCACAGUUGCAGAGUGAGAGGAAACGCCUGGAAGAAGCUCCACUGAUGACAAAAUCUUUGAGGGAGGCUCAGCUGAAGGAAAAGCUAGAGCGUUACCCAAAGGUGGUGUUGAGAGUCCAUUUUCCAGACCGUCAUGUUCUACAGGGGUUCUUCUGUCCUAGUGAAACUGUUGGCAUUUUGAGAGACUUUGUAAGAAGCCACCUUGCAGAUGCAGACUUGCCAUUUUACUUGUUUAUUGCACCUCCCAGAAUCAUCUUGAACGAUGAAAGUUUGACACUCUUUGAGGCUAAACUCUUUCCAACUGCUGUCAUUCAUUUUGGAUCUGAGGAGUGCAGGGAUUGUUACCUGAGAUCAGACCUGCUGAGCUCUGUGGUUUCCCCUUCUGCAGCUGAUUUAUUAGUAGCCAGAUGUUUGUCCAAAACAUUAGUUCCUUCUGCUUCAUCAUCUUUAGAAUCAACAGUUCCAUCCCUAUCUAAACCAGAAGUGGGAAGUGAUAAAAAGACUGAUGAGCAGCAAGAACCAGCAAGUGUGCGUGAAGCUCCACAGGUGUUGAGAAGGGCCCCUGGGAAAAUACCCAAAUGGCUGAAGCUGCCAGGUGGGAAGAGAUGAAACGUUUUGGGCUGCUGGAUCAGUGAGCGUCGGCUGUGCCUCUUUCCUGAUGAAUUUACUCAGAAUGUAUGAGAAAUUGUUGGUGGCCCUUGAGAGAUCUAAUCUCUAUUAAUGUUAGUUAUAAAUAGAAAAUUGCUAUUUCAGAUGCCAGUUUCACCUUUUGGAGGAGUGGAAGGCCUGUUUGUGGUCUUCAUGACUACAGAAGCAAGGUUAGAGGUUAAAUUCAAGAUUUCUUGCAUGCGAAUAAUAUGAAUAGAGAAUUAAGGGGGAAAUAAUUCCAAUAUACUUUCUGUGAAGGACUUUGUUUCUGUUCAUAUUUUUAAAUUAAAGUAUUUCCAGUUCUACCUUCAGAAAUAACUUGAGUCUGGCUGCUUGAAUUCUAGCAGCAAAAUACAAUCUAAUUCAGUUUUACCCGUAGUUAAGUGCCGCCUAGAACAAGAGUUCUCUCUGUUACUUGUUGGCUGGGGCUAGUGCUGCUGAUAAUUCUGGGCAUAGAUAUCUGGAAAGUGAGCGAAGAGGAAGCACUUAGGUCACUUAAAACUGUUCAGAUAUGCUUUUCCUGUGAACCUCUUGGUCUGCUGCACUUGUAUUAUUUUCAGUUGCCAGAAUCUUGUUAACAAAGAACACAGGUAUCUGUUAAUGGAAUGCAUGUGGAGUUUGUUUCUGCCCCAAGCUCUGUGUUUUAUUUUCACUACAUACAGUUAACAUCAGUAAUUACAGUUACAGUGAGGGGAAAAUAAAAAAAUCCAGUAAAAGGGUCUCUUCACGUGACCUUUGAUCUAUGGACAUCUAUGGUCCGAAUGUUACCACAGCAGAGUAGCUGUUGUCUGCAGUAUAGUUAGUGUAUAGAGGGAAGCACUAGUCCAAAUCUUGUCUACCUGCAGGUGUUGUACGAGGAUGAAUAUUGUUGGUUAAAAUUGCGCUAAUACUGGAGAUGAACUCUACAGUGCCACAGUAGCCAUGGUGCUAUAUUUUAUUUGAGGUCUUCUCCAUGGAUCAGUGAUUCAUAUUGGACAGCUGGGGUUCCAUGUUAUGGUAAUAACAUGUUUUCCAUUUUCCCUGUAUAGACAAUUACUCCUUGAACUACGUGUGCAUCUGCACAAUUUGUAGAUGAAAUAAAGCAGAGUGGCCAUAGGA